AUGAGGGAGGCGCUGCGCGGCCGCUCGGGCAACCAGCCGGCCCCGGACGGCCACCUCCGCACUGUCGACCCCCCCAUGGCGUCGCCCGGGCAGCCCUGGUCCCUCACCCGCGCCGCGCUGGGGCGGCUGGAGAGGGCGCUGAGCUGCUCCCGCUGCGCCGGCGUCCUGCAGCAGCCCGUGUCCCUGGGGCAGUGCGAGCACGUCUUCUGCCUAUCCUGCGUGGGCGACUGCGUCGGCACGGAGUGCCCCGUGUGCCACGUGCCAGCCUGGCUGCAGGAUGCCCAGAUCAACCGGCAGCUGGACUCCAUGAUCCAGCUGUGCAGCAAACUGCGGGAGCUGCUGGGCACGGACACCCCCGAUUCAGCAGAAGAUGCAUCCACACCACCUGACUCAGACUUGGGCAAAAACAACAAGAAGGAACAGAUAAAAAUGUGGUUCAGCCCAAGAAGUAGGAAGAUUCGAUGUGUCCUGAACAAGAGUCAGCCUGAGACUAAAAGAAGUGACCCUGGUGAGGACACAUCUUCAGUUUAUGAUUUCUUUCCUUCCCCUCCUCACGAAAAGCCCCCUGAGCUGACAAAAAAACCAACCCAGAGGCAGAAUAAGAAGAUGAAGAAGAAACAUCUGGCAGACAUUAACAAAGUGUGGAGCUUAGAGAAGCCUGGGCAGAAAGGAGUUGAGGAGAAGACUCCCAAGGAAAAGUGUGUGACCAUCUGCAGUCAGCCUGUGAUCCUGUGCACUCCGGAACCGGAGAGCCCCGAAGAGAGACCUCAGCAGGAGGCUGUGAAGGAAGAUGACUCCAGCAAAAAUACAGGAAAUGUGGAAAUGGCACCACAGGUAGAAUCCCCAGAGAAGAACGAUAACAGUGAGGUUGUGUGCCCUGCACAAGAGAGCAAAGAAAACAAUUGUGCUCCAGAGACGUCGCUGUCAACAGAAAAUGAAACCACGCUGUUAAAACGUGGGAGGGAGCAACCCGGGCUUCAGGUCACUCCUCAUCCUAAAAGACUGAGGAGAUCUGAGAGGGGCAUUGCUGGGAAGGCAGGCAGACAGGCAGAUUGCUUGGAGGAGUUACCUCAGGGCUCCCCCAUCUCCCCAGCGACUGAACACCAGACACCCGUUCAGAUUUGUUCCUCUGUGUCAAAACUCACUGGUACCGUAAGGAAGACAAGAAGCUCUGCAGUCCUUCAAGCAACAGAUAGUCCUUCACUUUCAAAGUCUCCCUCCACUCCAUCUACUCCUAAGACUUGCAGUCAAGUUUCGAUACCAUUCAGUCCUUCUGUGUUGAAAUCCCCUGGUGGCAACACCAUUUCCAGAAGAAAUUACAAAGGAGAGACUUUGCUCCACGUUGCUUCCAUCAAGGGUGACUUAGCAGCUGUGGAACAGCUGCUGACAAACGGGGCAGACCCCAAUGUCAAAGAUAAUGCUGGCUGGACACCACUGCACGAGGCCUGUAACCACGGGCACGGGGCGGUGGUGGAGCUGCUGCUGCGGCACCGGGCGCUGGUGAACACCACGGGCUACCAGAACGACUCCCCGCUCCACGACGCCGCCAGGAACGGCCACGUGCACAUCGCGGAGCUGCUGCUCGCCCACGGCGCCGCCCGGGACGCAGUUAAUAUAUUUGGUCUGCGGCCUGUGGACUAUGCAGAAAGUGAAAAGAUGAAGUCUGUGCUAAUGUUGCCAGUGAAGAAUGAAUCACUUUCCCUUAACCAACCCUCCGAGGCACUAAGCCCCAGCCAGCCUAGAAAUGGCCCACUUGGUUUACUGGGGAGCAGUCUUAGUGCAGAGCAGCAGAAGUUGCUGAACAAAUUAGCAGCAGUUCUGAAGGCUCGAAGAUGUACUGAAUUUAACAGUGAAGUAACUCAUCUUGUUAUCCCUGAUGUUCCAAUGCCAAGUACUGUCAAAUGCAUGAUGGCUGUUCUGACUGGAUGUUGGGUCCUCAAGUUUGAAUGGGUCCGAGCCUGUCUGCAAACCUCAGCUCGAGAACAAGAAGAAAAGUAUGAAAUCCAAGGUGGCCCCCAAAGAGGGCGGCUCAACAGAGAGCAGCUGCUUCCUAAGUUGUUUGAUGGAUGCUACUUCUAUUUUCUGGGCUCUUUCAAACGUCACCAGAAGAGUGAUCUGGCGGAGCUGGUCAGAGCAGCAGGAGGACAGAUCCUGGUGAGGCAGCCGAAGCCGGACAGCGACGUGACGCAGACGAUCAACACGGUGUCGUACCACGCGGAGCCCUCCUCCGACCAGAGGUUCUGCACUCAGUACGUCGUCUACGACGGGGCCUCCAAAUUCAGGCCGGAGAAAACCCGGCAGGGCAAGGUGUGGAUGGCCCCCUCCAGCUGGCUCAUAGACUGUGUGAUGUCAUUUCAGCUCCUGCCCGUCGAAUGAGUAUCAGCGCCUGGGGAGUGAGGCUUUAUAAAAUGCGGGCAGUCUUGAGCUGGUAAACUGGUCUGAAGCUGUGACUUGUGUUUUGGAUUCAGGAGAGCUUUGGGCG